CCACCGGCGGCGACAUUCAGAGAGGAGAUGGCGGCCAGAGGGGGGUUUCAGACGGCACCGACCGGAGGUGGUGGUGGAGCAAUGGGACCAGGACCACCGGUACCGGGCGCAGGACCCGGCAUGGGCCCCGGAACUCCUUCUGGAAGGAUGGUACCGUCCUCGGCCGCGCAGAACCACAUGUACCGCUCCCCGAUGCCCGGGCCUGGGUACCCGAGACCAGGCAUGCCUCCAUCCAGCCGUAUGACCCCACAGGGACCAGCCAUGGGCCCCCCAGGAUAUGGCAACAGCCCAGUGUCUCGCCCUGUGAUGCCUGGCGUGAUGGACCCGUCUCGCAAGAGGCCCGCCCCCCAACAGAUUCAGCAGGUGCAGCAGCAGAACCGCAACCAGCACACAAAGAAGAAGAAGAUGGCUGAUAAAAUUCUACCUCAGAGGAUCAGGGAACUGGUCCCAGAGUCUCAGGCUUACAUGGAUCUGCUGGCUUUUGAGAGGAAGCUGGACCAGACCAUCAUGCGCAAGAGGCUGGACAUUCAGGAGGCCCUCAAGAGGCCCAUUAAGCAAAAGAGAAAGCUUCGGAUCUUCAUAUCCAACACCUUCAACCCUGCAAAGCCAGAUGCUGAGGAUGGCGAAGGCACAGUUGCAUCAUGGGAGCUACGUGUUGAGGGGCGUCUACUGGAAGAUACGGCCGUAUCCAAGUAUGAAGCCACAAAACAGAAGCGGAAGUUCUCCUCUUUCUUCAAGUCUCUGGUGAUUGAGUUGGACAAGGAUCUGUAUGGUCCCGAUAAUCACCUUGUGGAAUGGCACAGGACUGCCACCACCCAAGAGACUGAUGGGUUCCAGGUGAAGAGGCCUGGUGAUGUGGGUGUUCGCUGCACCGUCCUGCUCAUGCUUGACUACCAGCCCCCUCAGUUCAAGCUGGACCCCCGGCUGGCUCGAAUGCUGGGUAUCCACACCCAGACCAGACCUGUCAUCAUUCAGGCCCUGUGGCAGUACGUCAAGACCCACAAACUCCAAGAUCCUCAUGAGCGCGAGUUCAUUAACUGUGACAAAUACCUGCAGCAGAUCUUUGAGACUCAGCGAAUGAAGUUUUCUGAGAUCCCGCAGCGCUUGCAUGCACUCCUGAUGCCCCCAGAGCCCAUCAUCAUCAACCAUGUGAUCAGUGUGGACCCUAAUGACCAAAAGAAGACUGCCUGCUAUGACAUUGACGUAGAAGUGGACGACACACUGAAGACCCAGAUGAACUCCUUCCUGCUGUCCACAGCCAGUCAGCAGGAAAUAGCAGGACUGGACAACAAGAUCCAUGAAACCAUUGAGACCAUUAACCAGCUGAAGACCCAGAGAGAGUUCAUGUUGAGUUUUGCCAGAGAUCCUCAGGGCUUUAUCAACGACUGGCUGCAAUCCCAGUGCAGAGACCUCAAGACGAUGACAGAUGUGGUAGGAAACCCAGAAGAAGAGCGAAGAGCAGAGUUUUACUACCAGCCCUGGGCUCAGGAGGCGGUCUGUCGCUACUUCUACUCCAAGGUCCAGCAGAGGCGGCAGGAGCUGGAGCAGGCACUCGGCAUCAGGAACACCUAGAGAAAUGUGUCCAUCCACAGGCGGCAAAUAAGGAGACGCACUGUGCCGUCAGAGAUGACUAACAUGUGCGUGUGCCGGAUUUUCAAAAUGAAUUCCUCAGAGUUUUUUGACAAACUUAGAGAGACGUAGAUACUAGAUGGCUUUACCGUUAUAUAGAAUGUCCUUUUUUUGUCGUCACCCUGCAGCUCGACUACUAUUGCAGAUAGCAGUUUGGUUGCUACUUCCACUUAUUUUUGUGUUCCCCCCUCCCCCAAUCACACCGGAGCUCCUUGAGCACAAUGUAUUUUCUCUUGCAUGUCUAAGCCUUACCUGGAAGCAUUCCUUUCAUUUUGCGCCCACAAUAAAGUACAGAUUGUACACAAAUGAAAAGCAGAGGGCAGAUUGUACUGGCCAACUUUUUAAUGUAUUUUGUACCCAAAUCUAAAAAUAUCUUAAAUCAGCUGGAAUGUGUUGAUUCUGCCAUGUUCCCCUUUUUUAGAAAGUAGAUUUACAUUUUGCACUCCUAACCCGGCCCCAAGAUGCUUGUUCAUUCAAUUAGAUAUUGAUUGUGAUUGUGUUUGUAAUCAAUCAGGCUACUUUGCUGCACAUUGGCUGUUCAUGUGUCACUUUGUCUUAAGUUCUCAUCGGUUUGUUUUGACAGUUUGUGCCACAGUCUCGAGAGUUGAGAGACGUUGAAAAGCUCAAUCAAGGCAAAAUAUACAUCUUUUGUUAAGAGUGGCAUUUAGUAUGAAGUUGUUUCUUUUCUUUAUUAUCAAUGAUCCUUGUUUUAAAAUAUGUAUUAUAUCAGUACUUGUCUUGUUAGCUAGUACAGAUUAUCAAGGAAGUAGCUAGUAUGAGUACCUCUAGUCUAUAUAGUUUUGUAAAUACUGAGCAGAAAAAAAACUGAUGGAUGUGAAGUAAAAUUGUAUCUCUUAUCCUGGCAGAUGUUUUCUCAACUCUUUGUCUAUGCUCAGAUAGUUGAACCAGUAUUUAUAUCGUUAACCAGACCUCGCUGUCAGAGCACACUGAUUUAGCUCUCCACAACAUAAAGACGGCAGUUUGACGAGCCACUGCUCUGCGGGACAAAAUGGCUUUCACAUCGCCUGCAGGCUGCGAAACGUUCAAUCUUCUGCUUUUAGUUUUGUGUAUUUUAAUUAUGUGCAGAGAAGCCAUAAACACUUGAACAAGCUCGGUCGCACGUGCGGGCGAGCAGAUUUAAGGAGUCGUAGCUUCUUCGUACGCUGGCUGAAGACCUGACGCCUUUUUUCGGUUUAAUGGUUGUUUCUCUGAAGGUGAAGAUGAGUGUCCUGGCUGAAACGUGUGUGUGUGUGUGUGUGUGUGUGUGUGUGUGUGUGUGUGCAUUUCAUUAAUGAAUUCCAAGAAUACACUAAUGUGGGUUUGGGCGGGUACAUGUGCUGAAACAAGCGGUGGGAACCUCUGGGGUAUAAAACACAACACUGGGGGGACUGUAGUAUUAUUUGAAUCUGCAGACUUUUUCAUGGACCAAACCUAUUUUUCUGUAUGUUCUUAUUAUGUUAUAAUAAAGGAUAUGUAAAAUGUA